AUACCACCCAAUAAGGAGACUCGUCAUAUAUAAAUGACCACUCCUCCGUUAUUAGGGUUUCUGAUUCUCGGAGCUAAAAGAAGAGCAAGCAGCGGCGCAGAAGUUGAACACAAGUGAAGCUCACAAUGGCGAGGAUUAAGGUUCACGAAUUGAGGGAGAAGUCGAAGAGCGAUCUUCAAAACCAGCUGAAGGAACUCAAAGCUGAGCUCGCUCUCCUCCGUGUCGCUAAAGUCACCGGAGGUGCUCCAAACAAGCUCUCUAAAAUCAAGGUCGUGCGUAAAUCCAUAGCUCAGGUUUUGACAGUGUCUUCUCAGAAGCAGAAGUCUGCUCUAAGAGAAGCAUACAAGAACAAGAAGUUGCUUCCUCUUGAUCUCCGUCCCAAGAAGACCCGUGCUAUUCGUAGACGCCUCACCAAACACCAGGCCUCGUUGAAGACAGAGCGUGAGAAGAAGAAGGAGAUGUAUUUCCCAAUAAGGAAGUACGCUAUCAAAGUUUAAGUUUUAGCUGCUAGAAACACUGUUUCAGCUUUUGUUUUUGAUGGAAACUUGUUCUUGUUCUUCACUUGUGUUAUCGUCUCAAACAGUUUCAGAUACUUGGAUUUUGGUUCUCAUUGAUGAUCUUUUGCUUCUAUCUUUUCAUGUUUUUUUGUUUUGUUGAGCUCAUUGAAAUUUAUAACUCAUCAGCAAUAAUCUGACCUGAACGUAAGAGAUAACUGAGGAUAAUAACUUGUUCAUUACUGUCAUUUCCCAAGGAACUUUGGUCCUAAUUCAUUUUUUUCCCAAGACUUUCGUUGCUCUAUUUAGACAUUCAGCUUCUAUCAAAAAUGUGUGAUUACAAAGGAAUUUGUUA